AACAAAAACAAAACACACAAAAAUACAAAACGAAAAACGAACGAAAACUCUUGUGAAAUUGAAGUUGUAAUCUUUGAUGCGAAGAAACCUGCGUUCGUAUUGGAGGGCCCUGGCGGUGCUGGGCGCCCUCCUUUCAUUUAUCUUAGCCUGGGAAGGUUUAGUGUCUGCCAAGCCAGCGCUUACAACAAUAACACCAACAACAGCAGUAACGAUGUCGAACCAAUUUGAAAAUAAUAUAACAAACAAUAAUCAUUUAUCUUCUAAUAUUAGUAGUAAAUUGCAAAGUGAUCAUAGUCAUAGUGAAUCAAUAACAAAUCUACAACAAUCACAAUUACAACAAAAUCAAAGUAUUAGUGCUGAAUUUAAUGAAACAACAACAACAAUAACAUCAACCCAAACUGCCAUAUUCAAUAUUACUUUAAAUGAUCUUAAUCGGCACCAAAUCAAUACAGAGCGAAUUCCCCAUACAGACAAUGAAGAUGAUAACGAUGAUGAUGAUGAUGAUGAUGAUGAUAAGAAUAAAAUGAUUCCUCUUGGAUUCUUAUUGUCAGCUGCUCCAGUCAGUGAACACUUAGCGAUACUUUCCCGAACUGAACGAAGCAUACGACAUCAGCAUCAGUCAAAGAAACAUAAUCACAAUCAUCAUCUUCAUCAUCAUCACCAACAGGAGCAACAGCAGCAACAGCUGCAGGCUGACAGCAGCAGCAGCGGCAGCAACAAUAAUAUCAUUGGUUCGAAAUCGAAAAGACUGAAUAACUCUAGAGAUAAUCUUAAUAAUCGCAACAAUAAUAAUGAUAAUAUUAAUAAUGAUAAUAAUAAACCAACUGUCAACAAUUUGGAUCGCAAUGAACGAUCAACGCAUCUGGCCAAUCCCAGCAGGAAAAUGCAAUUGUAUGUUAAGAAUCAUAUAUUGCAGAUCCUGCCAGAUGGCACUGUCAAUGGAACACAGGAUGAGCAGAGUGAAUACACAAUUCUUCAACGUUCUACAGUCGAUGUGGGACGGAUUAAGAUACAAAGUGUGGCCACCUGUUUAUAUCUGUGUAUGGAUGCCUGUGGCUCUAUCUAUGGCUCGAAAGAUUUCACCGACGACUGUGUAUUCAACGAGAACAUGGAACUACAUAACUACAAUACCUAUUCAUCUACAUACAAUUCGAAUGCUAGACGCGUAUUGUAUUUGGCGCUCAAUCGUUAUGGCGAACCGCGGCGCACACAAAUUCCGGCCAAUAGAUCAUUAGGCAAGUUGGCCACCUAUACAAAUGCCAUCACCGAAACGGUGCCGCAGGAGCGUGUAGAGCAAUUGAUAGCCAAGAAUUUCGGUGCAAAUCGCGUCAAGCAUGGCGUGCGCCAACUCUGUGAUACGGGCAAGCCGCUGAUUCAGCUGAUCGAUACGCUGCACUUUAAAGGGCGACCGCAUAGCAGUAGCAGUAGCAGUAGCAGUAGCAGUAGCAGCAGCAGCAGUAGCAGCGGCAGCAGUAGUAGUAAUAGUAAUAGCAAUAGUAGCAAUAACGUUCCUGUGCCUGCGGCUAGUGCCAGCAGCCUGAUUAGUAUUAGUAACAGUAGUCAAAGCGAGAGCGGCCAUAUUAUCUCUAGUAACUCUAGCAAUAGUAGUAGUAGUAGUAGUAGUAGCAAUAGCAGCAGCACUAAAAAGCGAAAAAAGUUGCGCAAAUGCAAGCCGCACGAAAGCGAAGAGGUUCACAAUUGUCAUAAGCGUCCAGCUAAUGCGGCAAGUGCUCUACGCAAACGUGGCCCAAAGGCUCAACGCUGCAAAGAACUGCGUGAAAAAGCAGCCGCUGAUGGCGGGCCUCCGCCCAAUUGUGGCAAGAAAGGUGGUGGCAAGCGGAAUAUGAAUAACAACAAUAGUCCAGCAGUGACAUCAAUGCAGCGUCCCAGAGCAGGAAAUACCUCUCCCAAUCUCAAUCCGCUACAUGCUUUAGGUAAAAAGAAGUCGGCCAAACUUGCUGGCAACGGUUCUGGUAAACAACGACCACAAGUUGGCUAUAAAAAGCAACAGCGUCUUAAUGCUUCCCAAGUGGGUGGCAAACGCAAGCAUCGUACCACAACUAGCACCACCACCACAACCACCACCACAACCACCACCACAAUGGCCAGUAGUUUGGCGACACCAGCUGACCUACAAUGGGAAAGUAGCUCUCCCCUGCCUGCUAUGGCUCUAAGCGAAACCAGUGAUCGCGUGGAGCGCAAUGUUCGUCGUCUGGACAGCGAGGAACAGGAGCCAGGCGAAGCCGAUGACGAUGAUGAUGAGGAGGAGUCAUCGUUUAUAGACGCCAGCUAUGAGGAUGCUGAAAUGGAGGCACAUGGACGCAGUGGCUCCGCAGCAGGAGCUGGCGAUGAUUCGCUCUACUACGAUUUACUAUUUUUUUGGCCAUUGUUGCUCCACUUUGGGCUACAGAGAACUUCGCUCUUGUGACACAAGUGAGAGAAAGAGAGAUGAUACAUUUUGGACCCACCGUUCUAUAGUUCCUGAUCUGAUACAUAUAUAUUUGCGUAUACUUAAUAAAUAAUCAUAAAAUUGUAUAUAAAUUUGGAUCAUAAUCUUUAUGUAGCUCUUAUAAUUUAAGACUGAAACAAAAAUAUGAAAAGAAAA